GAUGGCGUCUCCGAAUGGAGGUGAGGACUUUGAAUCCUCUUUGCUUAGUUUUGAAAAACUUGACCGGGCUUCACCUGACCUGUGGCCAGAGCAGUUACCGGGUGUCUCAGAAUUUGCUGCAUCCUUCAAAAAUCCCAUCACAUAUUCUCCACCCAAAUGGAUGGCUGAGCUUGAGUCAGAAGAUAUUGAGAUGUUGAAAGAAUUGGGGAGUUUGACCACAGCAAAUCUGAUGGAGAAGGUGAAGGGUCUGCAGAAUCUGGCGUAUCAGUUGGGCUUGGAUGAGUCCAGAGAAAUGACAAGAGGGAAAUUCCUGAACAUCUUGGAGAGACCCAAAAAGUGAAGACCCAGGCGUCAGCUACCAGCUGAUUGUGGUGUUAGAAAGGCAGUAUAAGAGUAGCAUGAAUUAACUAAGACGAGACAAACAUCAAAACAUAAAAAAAAAAACAUAAUUUUUGUAUAUACAUUUCCAACACUUUUUUUGUGUUCUAACAGAAGUUGAGUAGAAAUUAUUGGUUAGCCUAGUGGUGUGCUUUUCAAUACAUGUUCAUAAUGUAUUUAUUUUUCUCAAGUGUUUAAUGCAGUUUAAUACAAUGUAAGUUGUUAAAUAAAUUUUCAGUGUUGUUUGAA